UGGUUAGGGUCACGUGACGUGGUAUUAGCUCGCUGACUCUGCUAUGUUUCUCGUUUCAGAAAAUGUUUUAGAAAUGCUUAGAUUCUCGUCUUUAUCGGUUUUUCGUCGUCGACGAGCGCGCCGCGGCUCCCCGAAAACCCCAAUCCAGCGACGCCGCCCGAGAAGCGCGACCGCGAAGUCGGCCUCGCUCGGCCUGCACGUCACGUGACCCGCACGCGGCGGAGCGUUUGAUAAAAAGAUGGCGUGAGCCGAGAGGACGACGAACCCCCCGAACUGCCGAGCGCGAGCCGCACACUGCGAGCCGCCGCGGCCCUUCGACCGCCAGGUUUACCAUUGAUCUCUGAGGACAUGUAAAUGCUGGAGUUCAUGAUGGAUCCAGGACAGGAUUUACUUCUUGCUGCUCUGAGUGAGAGCGGGAUCUGCCCCAACGAUCUGGGCUUGUUAGACGUGGAUCUUCAGGAUGGGACUCAGCCCUCCACAGCCCAGCAAUCCAUCUCCAUCAGUGCGCUGGAUGGCAGUGCUGGAGGAGACGUGGGGGAGGCCGCUCCCGCCGCCCUCCCCAUCGUUACCGUCAGGAAACCUCAGCCAUCAACCACCACGUUUGUCUUAAACCAGCUGAACCAGCUGCCGUCGUUGGGAGGCGCCGCGACCAAACCGUCUGCGGUCAACCCCAUCAAACACACCAUAACCGUCACCAAGGUGGUCCAUGUGGCCAACUCGGCUCUGCGAGGUUCUCCCACCCUCUCCUCCUCCUCCGUUCCUCCCUCCGCGUCCACCGUAGUGCCUUCUAGCAAAGAGCAGGUCCAGCUGAAAGACCUCCUCCGAACGGGGAACGUUAAGACGACCGUUCUGAAAGGCAACAGCCUGAUGGAGCUGAUGAAGCUCAAACCUCCACCAGACAUCGCUCCACCUGUGGCCACUGCAGCCGCCGCCAGUCCAGGGGAAACCAACAAUGGAAUCAAGAAAGAGGUUCUGGUCAAAGACGCUCCCAGGAUCUGGAUCAAAGAUGAAGCUAAGCUCCCCAGCUUCAUCCACUCUAUCAAACCUCCUGGGAUGAGAGAAGAGGAAGAACCCGAGGAGGAAGAGGAAGAUGAGCUCGGCCAUGCGGAGACGUAUGCGGAGUACAUGCCCAUGAAAUUGAAGAUCGGCCUGAGGCAUCCGGAUCCGGUGGUGGAGACCAGCUCUCUGUCCAGCGUGAACCCCCCAGACGUCUGGUACCGACUGUCCAUCCCGGAGGAGGUCAUCGACCGCGGCUGGCUGUCGGCGCUGCAGCUGGAGGCCAUCACCUACGCGGCUCAGCAACAUGAAACAUUCCUUCCCAGCGGCGACCGAGCCGCCUAUCUGAUCGGAGACGGAGCCGGCGUGGGGAAAGGCCGGACAAUCGCCGGGAUCAUUUAUGAGAACUACCUUCUGGGCAGGAAGAGAUCUCUGUGGUUUAGCGUCUCAAACGAUUUAAAGUACGACGCGGAGCGGGAUCUGAGGGACAUCGGAGCCAAGAACAUCCAGGUUCAUUCUCUGAACAAGUUCAAAUACGGCAAAAUCUCCUCCAAACACAACGGCAGCGUGAAGAAGGGCGUGAUCUUCGCCACGUACUCGUCUCUGAUCGGGGAGAGUCAGUCGGGCGGGAAGUACAAGACGCGCUUCCAGCAGCUGCUUCACUGGUGUGGCGAGGACUUCGACGGAGUCAUCGUCUACGACGAGUGUCACAAAGCCAAAAACGUCUGUCCCAUCGGGUCCUCCAAGCCGACCAAGACCGGGCUGGCGGUCCUGGAGCUGCAGAACAAACUCCCCAAAGCUCGGGUCGUGUACGCCAGUGCGACGGGCGCCUCCGAGCCGAGGAACAUGGCGUACAUGAACCGGCUGGGCAUAUGGGGCCACAAGACGCCGUUCAGAGAGUUCAGCAACUUCAUCCAGGCGGUGGAGCGCCGAGGUGUUGGCGCCAUGGAGAUCGUAGCGAUGGACAUGAAGCUGCGAGGAAUGUACAUCGCCAGGCAGCUGAGUUUCACCGGAGUGACCUUCAAGAUCGAGGAGGUUCCGCUGACUCAUCGCUACAUCGACAUGUACAACAAGUCUGUGCGGCUGUGGGUGCACGCGCGGGAGAAGUUCCAGCAGGCCGCCAACCUGAUGGACGCGGAGCAGCGCAUGAAGAAGUCCAUGUGGGGGCAGUUCUGGUCCGCCCACCAGAGGUUCUUCAAAUAUCUCUGCAUCGCCUCCAAAGUCCGCAGAGUCGUCCAGCUGGCCCGGGAGGAGGUCCAGAACGGGAAGUGUGUGGUGAUCGGCCUCCAGUCCACCGGAGAGGCCCGGACGCUGGAGGCUCUGGAGGAGGGAGGCGGAGAGCUCAACGACUUCGUGUCCACGGCGAAGGGCGUGUUGCAGUCCCUCAUCGAGAAGCACUUCCCCGCCCCAGACCGACAGAAGCUCUACAGCCUGCUGGGAAUCGACCUGUCGGCCAAGAAGACGCCGUCCCCCGCCGACGCCGCCGAGGAGCUGGAGAAGAAGGGGAAGAAGAGAAAAGGUUCAGAGGUGAAAAAGCAGCAGAAGAAGAAGCCCCGCCUCCACGGCGGCCUGUCCGGCACCAGCUCAGACGAGAGCGAGUCGGAGGAGUCUGGGAAAGACAGCGACGACAGCUUCAAGUCCGUCAGCUCGGCCGACGAAGACGACGACUUCAACCCGUUCAGAGACGAGUCCGACGAAGACGACGAGGACGACCCGUGGUUGAUCCGCAAGGAACCAAAGAAAAGGAAGGAGAAGAAGAAGAAGAAGAAGAGGAGGAAGAGCAUCGACCCAGACUCCAUUCAAAGUGCCUUGUUAGCCUCCGGGCUGGGCUCCACCAGACCCGCCUUCACGGCGCCCGUCAACCCCCCCAGCACACCUGCCACAGUCAAAGCGGAGAGUCCGGAAAGCUGCCUGACGAGUCAGGACGCGGUGGAGCACGCCCAGAAGAUGAAGCGGGACCUCCUGGAGGAGCUGGAGGAGGUGGCGGAGGAGCUGCCCCCCAACACUCUGGACGAGCUCAUCGACGAGCUGGGGGGCCCGGAAAACGUGGCCGAGAUGACCGGCCGGAAGGGGCGCGUGGUCAGCAACGGCGACGGCAGCAUCACCUACGAGUCCCGCUCCGAGCUGGACGUCCCGGUGGAGAUCCUCAACCUCACCGAGAAGCAGAGGUUCAUGGAUGGAGAGAAGAACAUCGCCAUCAUCUCCGAAGCCGCCAGCUCGGGAAUCUCCCUGCAGGCCGACCGGCGCGUGAAGAACCAGCGGCGGCGAGUCCACAUGACGCUGGAGCUGCCGUGGAGCGCCGACAGAGCCAUCCAGCAGUUCGGAAGAACCCACCGGUCCAACCAGGUCACGGCUCCGGAGUACGUCUUCCUCAUCUCGGAGCUGGCCGGAGAGCAGAGAUUUGCAUCCAUCGUCGCCAAACGACUGGAGAGCCUGGGGGCGCUCACGCAUGGAGACCGGCGAGCCACGGAGACGCGAGAUCUCAGCCGGUUCAACUUUGACAACAAGUACGGCAGAAACGCUCUGGAGAUCGUCAUGAAGUCCAUCGUGAAGCUGGACACCGCCCUGGUGCCGCCGCCCUCCGACUUCAAAGGGGAUUUCUUUAAAGAAAUCCAGAGCGGCCUGAUCGGCGUGGGGCUCAUCAGCGUGGAGGACAGAUCCGGCGCGCUCUCGCUCGACAAAGACUACAACAACAUCGGGAAGUUCCUGAACCGGAUCCUGGGCAUGGAGGUCCACCAGCAGAACGCUCUGUUCCAGUACUUCUCCGACACGCUGGCCGCCGUCAUCCAGGAAGCCAAGAAGAACGGGCGAUACGACAUGGGCAUUCUGGAUCUCGGCUCUGGUGACGAGAAGGUGAAGAAGAUCGACUGCAGGAAGUUCCUGACCCCGGGUUACACGGCGUCGGGUCACGUGGAGCUGCACACGGUCAGCGUGGAGCGAGGAAUGUCCUGGGAGGAUGCCACGCACGUCUGGGCUGAGCAGAACGGCUCGGACGACGGCUUCUACGUGCAGAUGAGGAACAACAAGAAGACGGCGAUCCUGGUGAAGGAGGUGAACCCCAAGAAGAGGCUGUUCCUGGUGUACCGGCCCAACACGGGUCGGCAGCUCAAGCUGGAGACCUACGCCGACAUCAAGAAGAAGUUCAAAAAGGUUCUGUCAGAAGACGCCAAGCAGCACUGGACCGACCAGUACACGCUGUCUGCAAAAAUCUGCUCCCACGCCUACUGGCGUGGAAACUGUAAGAAGGCGUCGGUGGGCCUGCAGUGCGAGGUGGGCCUCCGCUGCCGGUCCUACUACGUCCUGUGCGGCUCGGUGCUCAGCGUGUGGAACGAGCUGGAGGAGGUGCUGACGCCGGUGGGAGGAACCAACGUGAAGGUGCAGAUCGUGCGCCUCCGGACCGACGACGGGCAGAGGAUUGUGGGUCUGAUCAUUCCAGCGAACUGCGUCUCGCCGCUCAUCAACAAGCUGUCCACGUCGGACCAGAGCCAGCAGCUGGCGGUGCAGGAGCAGCAGAAGAGGCAGCAGCUCCACCCGCAGAGUCUGAGCCACGUCCUCAUCACGUAGUCCGCCGCCCCGGCCGCAGCUCCGCCCCUCUGGCGCAGCGAUGUCUCUGCAGGCCUCAGCUCUGCGGCCUCUCACCCCCCCAUCCUGGAGGGUCAUGGUCUGUGCAGAGAACUUCUGACCCUGACCUCCAGACGCCCUCGUCCUCCAGCUGGAGGCCGGCGCCGUUCUGACGUUCAGAGCGCCACAGACUCGUGGUUCCAGUUUCCGUUCAGGCCAGAGCCGGACGGAAACGAAUCCAGAACCACUGCGAGUAAACGCUCCGUUACAAUCCAUGUCAACACGUGAGCCCGCCCACCUGACAGGAAGUUAUCCCGCCCCGCUGCAGUAAAGGUCCCUGGAACUGUCCUGCUACUCCGCACAAACCCAAACAUCAUCAGUGGGUUCCGCCCCCAUCCUCUCGUUUUCAGUCUAGGUUUCAGUUUGUUGGAGGAGCGCCGCAGGAGCUUGUGGACCGUGCCUUCGUCUCCGUCUGUUCAGGGUUCCUGCAGUUCGGUCCGGAUCCUUGAGGUGGCGCCGCAGCAGACACUUAAGGGCAUUUUGUGUUUGAGACGUUCAUUUGAUGAAGACUGUAGGAGGAAACGUGUUCCAGUGAUGGAGAUUUUCUCCACAAAUGUAUAUUUUACUUUGUUUCUGUAUAUUUUUGCUCUGUUUCUGUUCAUUCUCGGCUCCACGCUCAAUCAGAAGUUCUGUGGCGAAUGUUUCCUGCACUCCGUGACCUUUCACCCCCAGGCUUUUAUUUGAGAACAAUCAUCCAGACUUUGGACGUGAAGAGCUCGAGUCGUUUUAGUUUGGAUCUGCUCAGGGUUCAGUCGGUACAAAGACCCAGAAUUCCUUCAGAGACUUCCUGUGGUGUGCACGUUCUGCUCGCGCCCUCACACGGCUUCAGCGCCAAACACCUCAUCAGGUUUGCACUAAAACGGGCAUCGAGUGUGGGGGGAGGGGUCUGUACGGCGCCGUAUUCAAAUGCAACCUCGACCUGCUACUCCGCUUUGCUGCCGUUUGUAUCAUUUGUACAGUUUGAAGUCGUCCCGACUGUCGUCUGUCUGAACCUGAAUGUGCACCUUGAUGGAAGCUGCUCCUCCUGCCUGCUGGGAUGUUGCAGCGCCGAGCGUCUCGCCGUGUUAAAAAAAGACUUCCGUUUGUCCCCGUGGAUGCACGCCACGCACUACUGACAGGACGUGUACAGAAAGCCCACAUGAACGAGUGCAACGCUCAAUAAAGCUUGAUAUACUUCUA